AUGAGUGCCCACAGUGGCUUUUCCGGCGCGGGCCGCGUUGGCAGCAGCUACCAUAGUAUUAAAGGCUACUCUGGCGCCGGCCUGCCGGGAAACCCGCUCGUGGAUGGGCACAAGUCCGAUGACCCGUAUGUGGUGGAGCAGCAGCGGUUGCAAGCCAUCAUGCGAAAUCCUUCGCUGCGCAUUGAGAGCGAUGGCUCCGCGGUGUACGACCCAAACUAUCUGCCCAAGCACAAGAAAAUUAUCUCCAUGGCACCAUAUGACGGUAGAGAGGAGUACGACCCCGUGGAGCCGCUCUUUUGGCUCACCUGCGCCAGUGUGGUGGGUUUGGGCGCCUUCAUUGUCUUUGUGAUUGUGUGUGUGAUGCGGUUGCCGUUUGAUGUCAUGUGGGGCUCACCCAUCUACGCUGCGGCCGGGAGUUGUGCCGGGUUUUUGUUUCUCGGCCUCUUCCUCUUCUACGCCUUAUCCUCGAAGGACGAGCGCAGCUUUGGACGCCUUCUUGACGGCCUCAUUGGCGCCCUCCCGUUUCUUCUGCUGGGGGCGCUGGUGGGUUACAUGUACAGCGGGUUUGUCAUCAUGAUGGUGCAGCUCGUCAACGACGACCGGGCGUCGCUGCACAUGCUGUGGUGGUUCGCCAUUUUCUCCGCCGUCCCGCCGUUCCUGCUCCUUUUUAUCCCCAUGUUUGUGGUGGCGAUGCAGGUGCAGGAGGCGUCGGCGAUUAGCGCGCGCAUCUUCAAAGGGAUGCCAAUGCAGCCCCCUGGCUACAUCCCGCGCACCAACAACAUCGCCCAGUACAUUUUCUCCGCCCUCCGUCGAUUUAUUGUUGGGUUUGCGAUGGGCGUCGGCCUCGCCGCGUACUACGCCGUCACGUGUUUCGCGCUCGGCAUGCUCGGCUACGGCUUCUAUCGCUCCACCGAGGAGUACUACUGGAUUCCCAUAGUGGUGCUCGUGCCGGUGGCCCUGCUGCUGCUCCUUGUCGUUGGGCUGCUGCUGUACUUCGCCCCGUACGCGCUGCAGUGCAUCCUCGCGCCGUGGACGCAGCCGCUUGUGGCGUGGUCGCCGGUGGCCCUGCGUUCGGCUUACUUCCCGCGGUACUACACCGGCGUCACCGUGAAGCAGAUGAUUCGUCAGACAAACCGCACAACGCGGCAGGCGGGGCAGCUCCACGUGCGUGGGGAGUACGCGCGCGCGGAGGAGUUGUACAACGACGCCGACGCCCAGCGCGCGGAGAUUGAGAUGCGCGGGAUUGAGCUGCGUGAGCGCGACCAUCGGGGGUGGCGCAAGCUGCAGACCCAGCAGCGGUCAGGCGUUGUACGCAGAAACAUGCAGAAGAAGUAG